GGAGCUCGCGCGUCACGGCCUGCGCGCGGGCCCCCGGCCGGGGGCGGUGACGUCUGGGCAGCGAUGGCGCCCACGGAGCCGCCGGCAGAUCCCCAGAAAAGUAUGGAAGAUGAAAUUGAAUCCAUUCUUCAGGAGCGGAUAAUGGUUUUGGAUGGGGGCAUGGGAACCAUGAUCCAACAACAUGCCCUGACAGAAGAGGAUUUCCGAGGGCAUGAAUUUAAAGAUCAUUCCAGGCCUUUGAAAGGCAAUAAUGACCUUCUCAGUAUAACUCAGCCUGAUAUAAUCUGUGACAUACACAAGGAAUACUUGCUGUCAGGCGCUGACAUCAUUGAAACCAACACUUUCAGCAGCACCCGAGUUGCACAGGCUGACUACGGCUUUGGGCAUUUGGCAUAUCGGUUAAACAGAGUCUCUGCACAGGUGGCCAGAAAAGCAGCGGACGCUGUAACUGCUCAGACAGGAAUUAGGAGAUACGUUGCUGGAGCCAUGGGUCCAACAAACAGGACACUCUCUGUGUCACCAUCUGUGGAGAGACCAGAUUACAGGAACAUAACUUUCGAUGAACUAGUUGAAGCCUAUACGGAGCAAGCCAAAGGACUUUUGGAUGGAGGAGUUGACAUCUUGCUGGUGGAAACCAUAUUUGAUACUGCCAAUGCUAAGGCAGCUCUUUUUGCACUCCAGAUGUUGUUUGAGGAAGAGUAUGCUCCCCGACCCAUAUUUGUUUCUGGAACAAUUGUGGAUAAAAGUGGACGUACCCUCUCCGGCCAGACAGGAGAGGCAUUUGUCAUUAGUGUUUCCCACAGUAAGCCACUUUGUAUUGGCUUAAAUUGUGCUUUAGGGGCAGUUGAAAUGCGUCCAUUCAUUGAAACAAUUGGAAAAUGUACAACAGCCUACAUCAUCUGUUACCCCAACGCAGGUCUCCCCAAUACUUUUGGUGGUUAUGAUGAAACUCCAGAAUUGACUGCCAAGCAUAUAAAGAAUUUUGCUUUGGAUGGUUUGGUCAACAUAGUUGGAGGUUGCUGUGGUACUACACCAGCACAUAUCAGAAAAAUUGCCGAAGCUGUGAAGUUUUGUAAGCCUCGUGUUCCACCUUCUCUCUCUCAAGGAUACAUGCUGCUGUCAGGUCUGGAGCCAUUCAGGAUUGGGCCGUAUACCAACUUCGUUAAUAUUGGUGAACGCUGCAAUGUUGCAGGAUCACGGAAGUUUGCUAAACUCAUCAUGGCAGGCAACUAUGAAGAAGCCAUGAGUGUAGCCAAAUUGCAAGUUGAGAUGGGGGCCCAGAUUCUUGACAUAAAUAUGGAUGAUGGGAUGUUGGAUGGCUCCACUGCAAUGACCAGAUUUUGCAACUUGAUAUCUUCGGAACCUGAUAUUGCAAAGGUGCCAUUAUGCAUUGACUCCUCAAAUUUUUCAGUGAUCGAAGCAGGUUUGAAAUGUUGCCAAGGGAAAUGCAUUGUAAACAGCAUCAGUCUGAAGGAAGGUGAGGAAGACUUUUUGCAGAAAGCAAGGAAAAUUAAAUUAUAUGGAGCAGCUGUGGUUGUUAUGGCUUUUGAUGAAAUGGGGCAGGCAACAGAAACAGAAACCAAGAUUGCAAUCUGUUCCAGAGCUUAUCAUCUCCUUGUGGAAAAAGUGCACUUCAAUCCAAGUGAUAUAAUAUUUGACCCUAAUAUUUUGACCAUAGGAACUGGAAUGGAAGAACAUAACCUUUAUGCCAUAAAUUUUAUCAAUGCUACUAAAACCAUAAAAGAAACACUGCCAGGAGCCAGGAUAAGUGGAGGUCUUUCCAAUCUGUCUUUCUCCUUUCGAGGAAUGGAUGCCAUUCGAGAAGCAAUGCAUGGAGUUUUCCUGUACCAUGCAAUUAAAUAUGGCAUGGACAUGGGAAUUGUGAAUGCUGGAAAUCUGCCUGUGUAUGAUGAUAUCCACAAGGAAUUGCUACAGCUGUGUGAGAAUCUAAUCUGGAAUAAAGAUCCUGAUGCAACAGAGAAACUUCUACAUUAUGCUCAGAAUCAUGCUCAAGGUGGAAAAAAAGUUGUACAGUCCGAUGAGUGGCGUAAAAGCUCCGUGGAGGAAAGGCUGGAAUAUGCUCUCAUAAAGGGCAUUGAGAAGCAUGUCACUGCAGAUACAGAAGAAGCAAGAUUAAAUCAGGAAAAAUAUCCUAGACCUUUAAAUGUAAUUGAGGGGCCUUUGAUGAAUGGCAUGAAAAUUGUUGGUGAUCUUUUUGGUGCUGGAAAGAUGUUUUUGCCUCAGGUGAUAAAGUCUGCUCGAGUUAUGAAGAAAGCAGUUGCCCACCUUAUUCCCUAUAUGGAAAAAGAAAGAGAGGAAAGGAGAGCCAAGCGAGGCAGUGUUGAGGAAGAGGAUCCUUACCAGGGUACAAUAAUACUGGCAACUGUGAAGGGAGAUGUACAUGAUAUUGGCAAGAACAUUGUGGGAGUUGUUCUGGGCUGCAACAACUUCAGAGUUAUUGAUUUAGGAGUCAUGACUCCAUGUGAUAAGAUAUUAAGAGCUGCUGUUGAGAACAAAGCAGAUAUAAUUGGUCUGUCUGGUCUCAUCACCCCAUCUUUGGAUGAGAUGAUUUUUGUUGCCAAGGAGUUGGAGAGAUUGGCGUUAAAGAUUCCUUUGCUGAUUGGAGGAGCAACUACUUCUAAAACACACACAGCUGUUAAAAUUGCCCCACAAUAUAGUGCGCCUGUAAUUCAUGUCCUGGAUGCAUCCAAGAGUGUUGUGGUUUGCUCUCAGCUCUUAGACAGUAGUGUAAGGGAUGAUUUCUUUGAAGAAAUAUUAGAAGAAUAUGAAGAAAUUAGACAAGAACACUAUGAGUCUCUCAAGGAAAGAAGAUACUUGUCUCUACAGCAAGCUAGAAGAAAAGGUUUCCAUAAUAACUGGUUAUCAGGCCAUGUACCGGUUAAACCAAAAUUCAUUGGCACAAAAGUCUUUGAAGAUUAUGACCUGAAGAGGCUGGUAGAGUACAUUGACUGGAAGCCCUUCUUUGAUGUCUGGCAACUUAGGGGAAAGUAUCCUAACCGGAGUUUCCCUAAGAUCUUUAGUGAUAAAACUGUAGGUGAAGAAGCAAAGAGAGUUUAUAAUGAUGCUCAAAAUCUACUGAAAACAUUGAUCAAUGAAAAGAAAUUACAAGCCAGAGGUGUGGUUGGAUUCUGGCCAGCUCGAAGUGUUCAAGAUGAUAUCCACUUGUAUGCUGUAGAAGAGGCAGUGGGAUCUUCAGAACCGAUAGCAAAAUUUUAUGGCUUGAGGCAACAGGCUGAAAAGGACUCUGCCUGCACAGAUCCGUAUUACUGCCUCUCUGACUUUAUAGCACCACURGAUUCUGGCAUUUGUGACUACCUAGGCCUGUUUGCUGUGGCCUGCUUUGGUGUGGAUGAUUUAUGCAACGAAUUUAGGAAACAGGAUGAUGAAUACAACAUUAUCAUGGUGAAGGCUCUUGGUGAUCGGUUGGCAGAGGCUUUUGCUGAGGAACUCCAUGAAAGGGUUCGAAGGGAAUUCUGGGCUUACAGUACAAGUGAGCAGUUGGAUCUCUCAGGCCUACGCAAAAUUAAAUAUGAGGGAAUUCGCCCUGCCCCGGGAUAUCCGAGCCAGCCUGACCAUACAGAAAAACUCACCAUGUGGAAACUUGCAAAUAUUGAGGAAACAACAGGAAUUGGUCUAACAGAAUCACUAGCAAUGAUACCUGCUUCUGCAGUUUCUGGCCUCUACUUCUCCAGUCUGAAUUCCAAAUAUUUUKCUGUUGGCAAGAUAUGUAAAGAUCAGGUUGAAGAUUAUGCACUGAGAAAAAAUUUGUCUGUGGCAGAGGUAGAGAAGUGGCUGGAACCCAUUUUGGGAUAUGAUACUGAACAACUGUGAUAUUUGUGGGUGCACCUCUUUUUUGAUGAUCCAUUUGCCAGAAGGAACAAGAAAAUUCUUCCCACUGGAAACAGCUUUCUUCCAUCCACCCUGAUAGCUUGUCUGAUUAUUUUAAAUUUUUAAUCAAGGAACUCAAUAUUACAAAUCAAAUGAGACCGGUGCCCUUGGUUUGGGACCAUGAAUGUGUGGAUUCUGGAUGUAUUUCAGUUCUCAGUCAUGGCAGCAUACUUUUGUUUAUUUUUAUUUUUUGUGCAAGGAUUCUAGCAGAGAGGCUAGGUGUAGGGUGAGAUGGGGAAACUGCAAAGCUUUCCUGUCUUCUGCAAGAUUUUGAAAUUGGGGCAAGAAUUUUUCUCUCAUGGCUGUGGAUAUGCAUAGAACAGGAUUUGACUUCUAUUAAUUUAAUAUGUUUUGACAAGUCCACGGACAAAAAUAUAAUGUGAUUUUUUUGCAAAGUCAUAGAAGGUUUUAUAGUGAGUGAUCAAGAACUACUGAAACACAACAGCUCUCCUUUGUAAAAAUCAUCUGGUCAGUGUUUAGUCUUGUGCUUGGAAAGACACCUUGUUCUCAAUGGUAGAAUGAACAGAUUAAUACUAUCUUCUGGAGCAAUAUCAGAGAUCCAUGUUGUGGUAUGGGAUGAAUGAGCCUAUGGAGUUGUCUGCUUCAUACUUCCUCUUCCUCUUAGCAAGUUGCAAUCUGUCUAUUCUAUAUAAAGGGUACUGGCACUUCCUACCUUAAGUUAAUGUUGUGAGGCUUACAAAUGAUUGUUUAUGCAUGAAUUAUGUGCAGAUUAUAGGAGCAGCAUAUUUGCUACUAUAGACAGCCAGAAAGCUUAGAGCUGGCUUCUACAAACUUUUUUACCUUCUAGAAAAAUGGAUUUUAAAAGCAGCUAGUACUAGUUGAACUAGUGUCAUAUGAAAAAUUGUAAUAUUGUAGACAUAUUCUUCAGAUUUAACUGGGUAUGCUAAUUGUUCAUAGCUUUCAAUAAUUUCUGAAAAGUGCCUCAAGUAUUGCUAAUUUGGCAAAAUAUUAUGAGAGAAACUCCUCAAUUUUUUUUGUCUCUUAAUUGUAAACUAAAGACCACUAUUGUAAGGAAGAUGUUCCUUUAAUAGUUUAUUGCAAUCUGUUAAUAGCUGUGUAUUUUUUGUAAUAUCUUAAUCUGAUUUGAUGCUAAAAGAAUCAUCUUGUGUCAAGUUUAAUAAAGAUGAUGUUAUCCUAUUAGAAUCCUUUAAAUGGCAAUAAUAAAAUGUGUGCAAUAAUCUGAAGGGAUAAUGGCAAAACUAAUAAUGUACUUGUACCAUGAAUCUGAAAUGAUAAAAGCCCCUAUGGGGUUUUUAAGGUAGUUGAGUGUUCUUAGCUCAAUCUUUUAGAAUGGCUCACUCGUUAAUGACUUACAGAAAUAAUUUCUAAAUGCAUUUCCUCUUCCCUUGCCUCCCUCCGUGUCAAGGGACUUGUGACAUAUCCUUGCUGAGCAGCUGAUUGUUCUGGUGGGAAUCGUUUCUCAGUAGAACACUCAUUUAGACUGCCAAAAAUACAGUAAAACAUUCUUAAUAUAAAAUAUUAUUUGUUCCUGAAACACGUAGCCUGUAAAAAUUUAAAUCCUCUAUGCUUUGUCUUUGGUAAUUGCACUUUUGCUAAUCACUUUGAUGCUUGGAAUUUCUCCUCUUCAGCACUCUUCCAUAUUACAUUUGGAAGCAAAGUGUCUUAUUAAUCUGAAAAUUUGACUGUGUGAAUAGGGUCAAAGUUUGACUUGCUCAGCUUGGUUUGUUUAUUGAUUUAUUUUCCUGAAAUUAGUGGCAGCCGGUUCAAUGAGUACAGCUGACAGCAGGAGGUCCCUGCUGUCCAACAGUAGUGGUGUGACGUGAUGUACAAGCAGAGGUUUUCAAAUGGUUUGCAGUUACUUUAGCCCUUCACACAUGGCAUCACACACUGAGAAAAAUCUUCAUGUUUGCCUGCAAAACUUGUCACUGGGAGAAUCUGUUCAGAAUAAUUACUUGUUGUUGUGCAGAUGUUUUUAUCAAGGAUGAUUCCUUUAAAACUUUGUUGUUUUUUUUUAAUUGUCAGUUGACAUUUGGAUAAGACAAAUUUUCAUUCUUCUCUCCAGAACUAAGGUAAAUUGUGAAAGAAAAGAGUCUUGUAUUGUACCAGGUAAGGCUAUUUUACUUGAGAGACUGACAGUUUUACAAUGCAUAAAAUAUUUUUUGCAGUGCUUUUCUAAAUCCUGCUAACAAAUGCUUACUAGAUGCAAGAGGUGAUGAAAAAUUCAGAAUGCUUUGUAAACAACUCUGGUUUUGUUUUUAUUCUUUGGAUACCGACAUUUUUCUCGUAAGGCCAGCAACCUGGAGAUUAAGUUUUGAGGCAUAUAUAUUUUGUGACUGUCAGGAGGGAAUACUACCCUUAAGCCUGCCCUUUCUUUAUCAGAUCUGUUUCAAUGCUCCUGUUACUCCUGCGAAGAAUCUAGUGCAGCUUAUUUUGUCAUAAGGGUGCUAUCAAGAUCAGUUUGUUUCUCAAAAAAACCCCUCAAAACUCAUAUUUCUUUUUUUUCUGCAAGUAUUUUUGCAUUUUUGGUGAAUCUUUCUUGCUCAACAAUGUGAAAGUCACACACGCUUUGAGUUAAUUUCUGCUUCUUUAAAUACAAGUCCUGUUCAGAAAAUAAGGGUAAUAAUGAGAAGCCGUUGAGGGCCUUGCUUUUUAGAAAAGGGUUUAUUUACUAGUAACUGUGACUGGGUUUCAUUAAUUUCCCUUUUUAAAUCUUUGGCUGGUUUACCUGAGCGUGCCUUGAAAAAGUGUGUUCAGUGUCUUAAAAGGAAGAGCAAGAAAAGAAAUAACUUCAUUAAUUAGAUCAGGAGGGUGGUUUCCUUACAGAAACAGCAGCACAUGCUCUCAGUCACUGGAGAAAUGGAUUCCUGUGCCUCAAUAUAUCAUGGUCUGUCAUGGCAAAGCCUGUUCAGCCCGGCUACAAAGUUGUUUGAUUUGACUGUCAGGCUUCUGUAGGUGCCAGUUUUGAAAUGACGAUGUGCUGUGAACAGAAUGCAAACACGUCAGUCCUGCUUUCGCACAGCAUUUGUAAACUGUCCAGCUCAAGGCAGAACCGAAAAACCAGUGCAGUUCACCCUCAUGUUGUUCUAAUAAUACCAGCAUGGCUGAAUAUCCCGAGGUUUCUGACCAUGCCAUAUGCCUGAUAUAAAUAGCUGUGCAAAGGAGACCUCAGCUGAGAUUACCAAACUUGGUGUUUUGGGGUUGUGAUUCAACUUCAUCUGGGAUGGCAAAAGCAAGCUGGUAAUUAUCCUUGCUGGCCUGAAGCUUCUGUGACGACUGUGGAAUGAAAGGCCCCAUUUUCCUUCUUUGUGCCCUAAGGCGCCAGGGUGUCCUGUGCCUACAGCUCCUGACCAGGCUAAAGGGGAGUGAUCGCGGGCCAGGGUGGGUGGUCUCUGCAAUUCCUUCCUGUAGAAAAAGCAUGAAGUAAGUGGAGGGAGUGUAGAAACUCUAAUUUACUCCACAUUACCGUAUUAUUUCUUAGCUCACAGUCUUUCCUACCCCAUCUCCCUGUCAAUUUGGCCUCCUCUUCCACCUUUUCCUUCCAGCAGUUCCUCUUCCUUAGCUGCAUGUCAGGGUUCUCUGUAGGUUUUGCCAAAAUGGAACUGUAGAAGUAAUUUUAAAAAGUUUCUGUUGCAUGUCUGAACAUUGUUCCAGAAAGAGAUUUGUCACCUGGCAAGCAUUGGAAAAUAUUAAUAAAUGAUGCUCAUAGCUCUGCCCAUAGGAGCCAUAUACUGUGUAUGUUAGUCAUUCCUAAAAAGCUAAGGAGAAGGCCACAAGACUUGUUAACCUAUUCCCUGUGGUUUGACUGCAUCUUUAGUUACAUGGUGGCUUUCAUCUAGAAAGCAAAACCAAAAUGUGUAUUAAUUGCAUCCUUUGUCAGUGUGCUGUUUUAAGCCCACAAUUAAUAAUAAGCUGAUAAUAAUAAAACUAAAUAAAACUAAUGUAAUUUUCAUUUGAAGUAUUUUAAUGGUAUGAGCUACUUAAAAGAAGUAAAGAAAUUAUCUGUGCCUUGCUGUUAUAAGAAACGCUUUUUAAGUAUUUAUGAUGCAAAAUAUGUCUUAAGUACAAACUCAUGUUACAAAACCCUAAUAAUUUGAUUUAAAAGGCUUUAUAACUGCUUUGUAGAAAUAGCUGAUAAAAAUGAUUUAGGAGACUGGAAAGUUUGCUCCAGUACCUGGAGAAGUUUCUAUGCAUGUACUCCAUGUUACAAAAGAAGCUGAGUAGCGUGGGAUUCAUACAGGGUAACUUAAUUGCAGAAGAACAGGCAGUUCCUCAGGGAAGGGCACGAAGAGUGAGAGCUAUCGCAAACAUAAGUCUCUUAAAAAACAGAUUUUCACAAUAUUAGUAACAGCAGUAAAUGGAAAGAAAAGCCUUUCCCUUCUCUAUACAUCAAAGUGUAAUAAAUGCAAAUUGAGAAUAAUUUGUAAGGAGCUUUAAUUAAUGCAUACUUUGGAUUGAUUAUUUAAAUUGGCACAUUUAGGAGUAGAAGAGGGAGGAGGAAAUAAUAACUAGAUCGUAAACUUGUUCUAGGGUUGAGUAACAAGCUGUUGAAAAAAAAAGGGUAUUUCAUGUCACAACACCCUCCCCCCCUUUUUAAAUUGUUGGGUUCAUUACUUACACGAUUGUUUUGAAAGUGACUCUGGUAUUCUCCGACUGGAAGAAUAUUGUGAGAAAUGAAAAUAAAAUAUCCUGUUUUUUCUACAGAUUUCAUGAGUUAAAACUCUACAUCAGCUCUGUACCUACACAUACAUAGAGGUCAGUGCAGUUUUAACCCAAGAAUUGCUUCAGUCUAGCAGAUAAAAGAGACUGGGUGUGUAGGUCUAAUGGGGUUUUUUCCUUACUCAAGGUGUUUAAAAGAUCAAUUUUUCCUCUCUGUGAGAAUGCAACUUUUAGUGGAUGUUUUGUUCUUUACUCUUUUAUAUAUUUGGCCCGUACUUGAUUUCUCUUCUCCGGCUUCCCAAUACGGGUGUGGAGAUGUGACUGAGAGUUCUCUAAUGGCCUAUGAGUGCCAAAUGUUUGAUUUUUAACUGAAAAUAUAUAUUAUUUUUGUUUUGUUUUGUUUUGUUUUUUUUAAUUUCAUCAAGGUUUUUGCCAAAUAGCUUCUUCCUGGGAAGUGGACAACUUUGUUCUUUUACUGGCCAUCAGAUUUCCAGGUUAAGGUUCAGAAAUGGAGUGCAAGUACAGGUCUGAAAAGAUGUCAGUUCUCUGUGGUUGGUGGACUCCUGCACUUCUGUUCCUGCUGUGACCUUGUGAGAACAAAUAUGUUCGUAUCUCUGUGUCGAUUAGGGCGGCGGUAGGACAGCGAGUAAGGGAGAUAAAAAGCUGCACUGCGCAGCCAAAGGACUUAUUAAGCAAACUGUUCUUUGGAGCUGCAUCAGUACAACGUGUGCUCAUGCCUGCUCAGGGCAUGUUUUCAAUGCUAUCUCAAGCUCAUCUGUACUCUGCUGCUUUUAUUUCAGGAAGCCCCUGCUCCUGAGAUGUCAGACUUUGCUAGACACUGCACGAGGCCAUCUUUGUGUCAUCAGUCAUCUGUAAUGGGUGGCUUUGCAGUAUCUAUCUGCUUUUACAGUUUUGGCCUUGUUUGAUCUUUCUAUGACCAAAUAGAUGGCUUUCUUCAGAAUACUAAUGCUGAGCAAAUAUAAACACAUUGUUUCUCUAAGGCACAUAAGAUCAGAUUUUACUAUCCACACUUGACCUAAAAAAUUUUCUUGUGCGGUCAAGGGUUUGCUACUUACGAAAACACGGUCUUGUUUGUGCUUUAUUUUGGAAAUAAUGUAAGCACUUGGGUGUGCUUACACCCAAAUGUUCCUCACCUCUCAGGAGAGCUGAAAGAAUAGAACUUCUGAUUCAGUUAUUCAGUUAUGAUACCAGAUGUACACAUAUGGUGAGAAGUACUAAAGCAAGACAUUAAAAACUUAACAUGAUGUAAGAGUGUGCAGGGUACUUGCCAAGUAUCAUCUUUUCUCUGAAGAAAAGCAUUAGCUGAAGAUGCUGUAAGCCAGGAAUCAGCAGCACAGCUAAGGGUACAUGAAGAUUUUAGUCCUUCCUUUACAGAAGUUGGAUCAGCAGUAUUUCAUAAGGCGCUAUACUGCAUGCUUUGCCUCCUGUGUCAGUGUCUCCCACAACUGUUUCCUGCUAUUGCAUCCACAUUCCUGGUUAUGCCACAAGAAGUGUUUGGCAUAGAUUUUGUUUAAGAUUUUCAUGUGCAUUUGCAGGAUUAUUUUUCAAAAGAGUCUAAAGCACCACACUGUUCAAGUUCUGGAACCAUAAAAUACUUAUUUUUCCUGAAAACUCUCCAGGUACUGAUGCAUGUUUUAUCACUCAACGGAAUGAAACGGCUUGCAUUUCCUCAAAGCUCCAAGUGUGCUGGAGGGGAGAUUGAAUACCAGUGAAAGGACAUUUUGUGGUACAGUAAUGUUUUCUUUUCAGUUCUUGAUCAGCAUUAUCUGUCUGCUGCCAUAUUAAUUGCUUGAGAGCUGAAAUGAGCUAGAACACCUCCUACCAGGUUUUCUAAUGCUGAUUCAGCUGCUCUUAAAGUAUGUGGAGAAAUUACUACCUCUGAAACACAAGUUUGAUCAGUCCUAAUGCAGUAAUCUGAAAAGAAUAUUCAGUGUCUUGAGUCCUGUAGAAAAUAUCUGAGGACUAACAGGAUGUGCUGUUAAAUCUCCUUCAGUGCUCAGCUUCAUGGAAAUAGAUGGCUGGGACUAUGAAUGUAAUUUUACUCUCAUUCUGAAGCACUUACCUGAGAGAAAGUGAUACCCUGUCAAGCUGAGAAUAGAUGAACUUUCCAGUCCAGUGUGAUUAAUGGUAACUAUCCAUCUCAGGGAUAUUUGAGGGAGAUUGCCCAACAGAGCCAGCAGUAUGAGCAUUGAUUCUGUUCUGCACCCUGAGUGAUGGAAGGUGCUGUGUGCCUUGAUACAACAGGCAAGGAUUGGCAAAUGCUCCAAAAAUGUUUUUGUGUUUUCAAGUCCCUUGUGAUUUUAAAACAAAUACUGUUUAAUGAGAAUUUAAGCUUCACAGUCUUUGACAGUCAUGAAUAUAUAUUGUGCUAACUUUCCAUAUACUAUUGGAGUUUCACUUGGCCAUUUUUAAAGAACUGCCUUUUAGUUAAACUUUCUCUUUAACUAUAUGUUUCAUGUUGUGUAAUUCUGCAGAUAUCAGGAAAAUCACAGUACUGUCACAUCUUUCGUGCUUUGCAUGCACACAAAAUGCUGAGCAAUGGCAAUGCAGCUGCUGCAGUAUGUUAGUAUGGCUAAUCAAUCUGAAUAAAUUUGAGAAUUUUAUUGCGGUUUCUCUCCAGAACUGUCAGCAUGAAGUAUACAAAAUCUCUUGCUUUUGUAGCUCAAAUAGAGCCUGUAAUGAUUUGAAAUUCUGAAUGUUAUGUAAGACACCUUAUCAUCUG